AUGAGUGAACAACAUGUCGAUGAAUCCUUGCGUGAGUGCGUGUUCCUAUUACAUGGUUAUCUAAUUCUGCCGCUGAUCAUACCAAGAAGCCUUCAGAAGUUUCCACUGCUGAGACAUCUGUUACCCACACACGGUGACCUUGCGGUGGCCCUACCCCAACUUGGAGCGAGAUGCUCGAACGAAUAUAAAUUAGCAUUACCAGCACAUGCGAGAGACAAGACACGCACGGAGUCCUAUAAUUCACCUUCACCCCUCAAUGAUAGCAUAUGCCUCAUCUUACUGCCGUCGGCCCGCAUCCUAGGGGGUCCGGAUCUUCAUGUGGACAUUGGGUCCACCAUAAACCUCACCUGCCUCAUCCAGUUCAGCCCAGAGCCGCCCGCCUACAUCUUCUGGUACCACGAGGACGAGGUGAUAUCGUACGACUCGUCGCGCGGUGGCGUGUCGGUGGUGACGGAAAAGGGUGCCGCCACCACCUCGUAUCUGCUGGUCCAGGACGCCGCUCCUGCUGACUCCGGCCGCUACUCCUGCUCGCCAUCUAAUGCCGAGGUGGCAUCUGACUCCGCUACCAGCUCGUACGUGCUGGUGCAGGACCCCGCCCCUGUCGACUCCGGCCGCUACUCCUGCUCGCCAUCAAACGCCGAGGUGGCCUUAGUGCGAGAGCACGUGCUCAACGGUCAGUCAUACUACCCUUACACUUGUCCUACAUCGUACCCUCAUACAGAGAAGAACGCCACCACCUCAUACUUGCUGGUACAAGACGCCGCGCCUGUCAAAUCUGAAAAGCUCCACCACCACUUCGUAUCUGAUCGUAGAUUACACCGCGCCUGCUGA